UGCAGAGGAGGAGGGCGGGAGAGGUGGGGACCUCGUUUUCUCGAUCGAAGCCGGGAAAUGGAUUUGCUGCCAUCCGAGGGACCUUCCAUCACGCGCAGGCAUGGGUUCCGGUCUCUCAAGCUCCUCAACGUCUCCAUGGACGACCUUCUGGCGCAGGACCCCGUCGGCGUCGACUACGGUCGCCUGGACAAUGGCCUCCAUUACUAUGUCCGCGUCAAUUCCAAGCCUCGAAUGAGGGCCGCCCUCGCCCUUGGCGUCAAAGUUGGCUCAGUUUUAGAAGAGGAGGAUGAACGUGGUGUAGCUCAUAUUGUUGAGCAUCUUGCAUUCAGUGCUACUAAGAAGUACACAAAUCAUGAUAUUGUUAAGUUCUUAGAAAGCAUCGGUGCAGAGUUUGGUGCUUGUCAGAAUGCAUCAACAUCAACAGAUGAAACCAUAUAUGAAUUGCUUGUACCAGUUGACAAGCCUGAGUUGCUUUCCAAGGCCAUAUCGGUGUUGGCAGAAUUCAGUUCUGAGAUUCGAGCUUCACUGGAUGACCUGGAAAAAGAAAGAGGUGCUGUAUUAGAAGAGUAUAGGGGAGGGAGGAAUGCAGCAGGGCGUAUGCAAGAAGCUCAUUGGUGUUUGAUGAUGAAGGGUUCCAAGUAUGCUGACAGGCAACCAAUUGGAUUGGAGAAGGUUAUCCGAACAGUUUCCGCUGAAACUGUUAAAGGCUUCUACAGGAAAUGGUAUCACCUGCACAAUAUGGCAGUCAUGGCUGUUGGGGACUUUCCAGAUACACAGAGUGUAGUCGAAUUGAUCAAAGUUCAUUUUGGUCAGAAAGAAUCACCCGCCAUACCACCACCUAUCAUACCAGUGUUUCCUGUUCCAUCCCAUGAAGAGCCUCGGUUUUCAUGUUUCGUUGAAUCAGAAGCUGGUUGGUCUGCAGUUGUUCUCAGUUGUAAAAUUCCAAUAGUUGAAAUGAAGACAGUUAAGGACUACAGAGAUUCUCUUGCAGAAGCUAUGUUUCAUUGUGCUCUGAAUCAGAGACUUUUCAAAAUAUCUCGAAGGAAAGAUCCUCCAUUCUUCUCGUGCAGCUCAGCUGGAGAUGUUCUUGUUAAUCCUGUUAAAGCUUAUAUAAUGACUUCGACUUGCAAAGAGAGAGGAACAGUUGAAGCUCUAGAAUCAAUGCUUAUGGAGGUUGGAAGGGUUCGACUAUAUGGAUUUUCAGAUCAUGAAAUAUCAAUAGUCCGUGCUUUGCUGAUGUCAGAUAUUGAAUCUGCUUACCUGGAACGUGACCAAAUGCAGUCAACAAGUCUACGUGAUGAAUACUUGCAACAUUUUUUUCGUAAGGAGCCUGUUGUUGGCAUAGAGUAUGAAGCACAGCUGCAAAAGACCUUCCUACCUCAUAUUUCAGCAGCAGAAGUAUCCAGAUAUGCUGAACAUUUUCGUGCGACUUGUAGCUGUGUCAUCAAGACAGUUGAGCCUAAAUCUUGUGCGACCAUAGAAGAUCUAAAAAGAGCCGUGUCAAAAAUCAGUUAUCUUGAGGAGACUAGGAGCAUCCCGCAGUGGGAUGAUGAAUAUAUUCCAGAGGAAAUUGUGAAUGAAAAACCUGAUCCUGGGGAAGUGGUCUUACAAUGUGAAUAUCCAGAUAUCAAGGCCACAGAGCUUGUUUUGUCAAAUGGCAUGCGAGUGUGUUACAAAUGCACAAACUUCCUUGAUGAUCAGGUACUUUUCACUGGAUUUGCAUAUGGUGGUCUGUCUGAGCUUUCAGAAGAAGACUAUCUCUCCUGUUCAAUGGGUUCAACCAUUGCAGGAGAGAUUGGUGUAUUUGGCUAUAAACCAUCUAUUUUGAUGGAUAUGCUUGCUGGAAAGAGAGCAGAGGUUGGCACAAAAGUUGGAGCAUAUAUAAGGACAUUUUCUGGCGAUUGUUCACCUUCUGACUUGGAGACUGCCUUGCAGCUUGUUUAUCAGUUGUUCACUACAAAUGUUGUACCGGGUGAAGAAGAAGUCAAAAUUGUGAUGCAAAUGAUGGAGGAAGCUAUUCUUGCACAAGAGAGGGAUCCCUUCACUGCAUUUACAAAUCGUAUACGGGAAUUAAAUUAUGGAAACUCAUACUUCUUUAAGCCAAUCAGGGUGAGUGAUCUGAAGAGGGUAGACCCGUUUAAGUCAUGUGACUAUUUCAACAAAUGCUUCAAAGACCCUUCCACUUUCACAGUUGUAAUUGUUGGAAAUAUAGAUCCGUUGGUGGCUCGACCUUUAAUUCUGCAGUACCUGGGAGGUAUACCAAGGCCAUCGGAUCCAAUUCUCCAUUUGAAUCGUGAUGAUUUAAAGGGCCUGCCAUUCACUUUCCCUGGAAACAUUGUUAGGGAAGUAGUACGUAGCGCGAUGGUUGAAGCACAAUGUUCAGUCCAGAUAACCUUUCCGGUGGAACUGAAAAAUGAAAACAUGAUGGAAGAAAUUCACUUUGUUGGGUUUGUGAGCAAACUUCUAGAAACCAAAAUUAUGCAGGUUCUCCGGUUCAAGCAUGGUCAGAUCUAUUCAGUCACCGUCUCUGUAUUUCUUGGUGGCAAUAAACCCUCAAGAAGUGGGGAUGUCCGAGGCGACAUUGCUGUGAAUUUUUCCUGUGACCCAGAUAGCUCAUGGAAACUGGUUGAGCUUGCCUUGGCAGAAAUACUAUACCUUCAGGAAAAUGGGCCUUCAGUGGAGGACGUUACGACCAUACUGGAAAUUGAACAACGUGCUCAUGAAAAUGGAUUGCAGGAAAAUUGUUACUGGCUGGAUAGGAUUUUGCGUGGUUAUCAGUCGCGUGUCUAUAGUGGUGAUCUUAGUGCUUCUUUUAAGGCUCAGGAUGAAGGACGCAGUAAAGUUCGUGAAUGUUUGAUGCCGUCAACUGCACAGUCCUCAUUGCAAAGGAUAUUGCCUUUUCCGUGCAAGAAACAGUAUAGUGUAGUCGUGCUCAUGCCCCAAACAUCUCGCCUGGAGGUUAUUAAACAAUUAUGUCAAUCAACAUCAGCCAGAUUAAGCAGAGAAGCAAAGUUUCUAGUGGCAGCUGCUGGACUGAUGGUUGUCGCAGUUGCUCUAUGGAGGCACUCGCGCAGUGCAUUGAGGUCUGAGUAGUCAGUUGAUUCAUCCAAUUGAAGUCUGGCAGGGACCAUAUAUGAGCAGCAGCGGAUGCAUUCCCCUUCAACUGAAGCUCAGUCCUCGCGGGAUCCAAAUCAGAUGCAUCGAGUAUAGUUUUCUGAUGAACGAAAAGUUGACAAAGUUCAGAGCAUAAUUUUUUUCUCUCUGACUUGAGCAAGAUGCAAAUCCAUUCCCUGUGUACGAUAUAUUGAGAUCAAAACAACAGACGAAUUGUUACAGAAUGGUAAAGAGUUUGAUUCAGUCCCCUUCUGCGCUGGUUCACAAGAUUA